AUGUCUGAGGUUUUAUUGAAUGACUCGGCUGUUAAGCAGGAGUAUUUUGAAGACGAAGAGAGUCUUCUAAAGAGUGAUGUAUUUGAUUCUGUACCUGAAACACUAUCGGGUGAAUUGACUGAGAUCGGCUUCGACAACGGAUGUCCUGGUGUUGUUGGUCGUGAUCCUUACGGCGACCUAUUUUUAAUGGAUCCUAAUGACCUUCUCGGUGUAAGGGAAGAAGUUAUUGGAAAUGACACAAGUAACAGCCCGGAAAGUGUACCUGUAUGUGAUUCCACUAUAGCUACAGCAGAUGAAUCUAACGACUCUUCUAAUGAACGUGUCAAUUUAAAGCGGAAAAAGACGAAAAAUCGACACAUUAACUUAACUAAACAGGAACCAGACAAUCGCGAGCCUUCAGAUCCUGACGAUGGGGCGCAAAAUAUAAAGUACUCACGUUCUAAACUUCCAUACACCCAUCAAUCAGUAAAAGUUGACCCUGAAACUGACUUGGGAAAUCUGCCGUACCUUUUGAUUAAUCGCCGGUACUCUUCAUCUGCUGGUCACAAACAAAUUCAUAUCUUGCAUGGACAACCACGUUAUCGGCGCCAUUUCCCUUUGGGUGCCACUGGAACAAUUGGAACUCGAUUGCUUCCUCAAACUUAUCGUUUCGGUGGUUCACAGUCAUUCCAAGGACAUUCUCGUGUAACUUUCAAGCGUUUUCCACAAUCGAUUAUCCGACCUAGUAUGGAUGAAUCUGAGACAUUGUUUGUCGCAAGUCCUCGAUUUAAUGUUGCUAAUGUCAUUAAAAAUGAUACGUUUGCACCUAGUGGAUCAGUUUUGACAGUUCUCAGUCCAAAUGCAAAACAUCAAACAGUGGCAUGUCAGAACAACCAACUACCCACUAUAGCCCCUGCUCCAGGAUGUUUGGAAUCCUCUGGAUCUAAUGACAUUAAUCCACCUGUUGUGUACGGAUCCUCGACUUCUAGCAAUAUGCUUCGUACGGUGCCGUGCCCACAUAAAGGUUGUGGAAAGCUUUUUCGUGACAAUUCUGCUAUGCGCAAGCAUUUGCAUACACACGGUCCACGGGUACAUGUUUGUGCUGAGUGCGGAAAAGCAUUUGUCGAAUCUAGCAAAUUAAAAAGACAUCAACUAGUUCAUACUGGUGAAAAGCCUUUUCAAUGCAAUUUUGAGGGUUGUGGCAAGCGUUUUUCAUUGGAUUUCAAUUUACGUACACAUGUACGUAUACAUACUGGUGAUCGUCCUUACAUAUGCCCCUUUGAGAACUGUCAUAAACGCUUUGCUCAAUCAACAAAUUUAAAGUCUCAUAUUAUGACACAUGCCAAGGUCAGAUACCGAGGUCCUCGUAGCUCUUCAACAACUUCACAAACACCCGGCUACUUCUCUGAACUUGAUGAACUGCCAAUUUCUCAGCAGGCUUCGGUUGCCGAUAAUGUUAAUGAUUCGAAUAAACCCUAUCCUACUCCAGAUAAUGACGGAGAAAAUAAUGUACAAGUUAAAAGUACAUCUCCUUUUAUGGUAACCUCAUCUAAUUCUUCCAACUCAAAACCAACUUAUAUAAAGGCUCCUCGAGGUUAUACUCGUCCAACCUCUGCAUCACGGUAUACUGCUCAUGAAUUGCCCCCACCUCCAUAUACGAUUGAUGAAACACCCUUAUCUGUAUCCACAGGUUCCAAAUGUGAAUUGCGAAAUGACCCGUACAUUAUAGUACCAAAAUAUACAUCCGGCAGGCGAAAACAUUCCAAAUCAUUUGUCAAUCCUAAUGAAGAUGAUAUUGAUGACGAUAAUGACGAAGGUGAAGUAGAGGAGGAAGAUUGUUUUAUAAAACAAGAAUUCGAUCGUAGUUUCAUAUUAUCGGAUCCAGGUAUGGGUUCCGCAUUGUUCGUUGAUCCUGCACAAGAAGAUCGUGAAAUGAUAUGGCGUACUAAUGAAUAUCCCACUUUAGAUCGUCUACAUUUAUCCAAUUCAUUUGGAAACUCAAACCACCAACCUAUCAUUAUGUGUACGCGAGAUCAACGUCGCAGGAUAAUUCAACAAAGUAAUAUUAUGCCGGAUUACAUUUUGUGUCGUCAGCAAACAAUACCUAUCUUGAGAUUGCCUACUCCUGCACGUACAGUGGUAUCUUUAGGACGACCACAGCAGCAGUCCUGACAUGUUUUUCAUACUAGUACCAAUUUUCAGCCAGUUUUACUUACUGUUCUCGUUCCAAGAUCUCGUCUUUUCCUCUGUCUUGCUAAAUACAAUGAGUUUAAAGUAGGGAUUUAACAUUACUACUUUUGCAACCACACAAUUAAGCCUUAAACUCAUGUCUUGUUAACUAUAGCAGUUUUCGUGCGCUUAAAGCGCAUCUUGUACAUUCACUGUUUCCACAACCUAUUGAGUUGUCUCAGUUUAUUUUGUCAAAUUAGUUUCAUUGUUCCUAAACUGUCCCCUUAGCAUAAAAUUGUACAAAACGAAAUCGACUUAUCUGGUCCUUUUUACAGAAAUCUAAAUGCUUGACACUAAUAUAUUGUUUAUUGCCGAUUAUUCUUUUCAAACACUUCAUUGAAUUUACUGGUCAUUUCCUGCGCCUACAUGUUUUCAGUCUUUUAAUGUUUUCCCAGUGAGGUAAAUCGUGUAGUGCCCGAGGGAACUCUUUUUUUAGUCUUCUAUGUAUACAGUUGUUUUUCAUGUACAGACUUCCGGAUAAUCUGUGAUUUUUUGAACUCAAGUUUAAUGAUGUAUGGUUGUGGGGUCGAUUCAUAUUUUCGACUCCUUGCAGUAAUAUUUAUUG